AUGAAGCGGGAAGCUGAUGGUGAUAUGGGAUCGCCAUUCAAGAGAUCUAGAAGAGGAGAUGAAGAAGUCCGUCUACUUAUACCCAGUAAGGUCGCUGGGUCAAUUAUUGGAAAAGGUGGACAGAAUAUUACGAAACUGAGGAGUCAGUACAAAGCCUCCAUUACUGUCCCUGAUUGCCCCGGCCCUGAACGGUUGCUAUCCCUUUCUUCGGACAUGGAUAGCGUAUGUAAUAUUAUUGAUGAUGUCGUGCCUAACUUGGAAGACGGGAAUUCAAAUGGUGGAAAAGAGUUAGACCUUCGUAUGCUGAUCCACCAAAGCCAAGCUGGAUGCGUGAUAGGAAAAUCAGGUGCUCAGAUUAAAGAGAUCAGAGAUAAAACUGGAGCUAAAGUCAAGAUCUUCUCAAACACAGCCCCACAAAGCACUGAUCGUAUUAUACAGAUUGUCGGAGAGGCGAGCAAGUGCAUUGACGCUAUCAGAGAAAUUUUGACCCUCAUCAAAUCGUGUCCGAUCAAGGGUCCCGUGGAACCAUAUGAUCCCCAGAACUACGAUGAGUUUUAUGCGGAUGAGUACGGUGGCUGGGGUAGCAGCGGAAUUGGAGGAAGGGAGAAUUCUAGAAAUGGACCAAUGGCAGGUGGGCCCAGGGGGGGAGGAGGAGGACGCAGAGAUAGUGGUGGUCUUGGCGGUCGCGGACUUGGAGGAUCUAGAUUCGACAACAACCUUCGUAGAGGAAACGAUGCCGGUGCCUUCAGAAACAGUCCUGGUUCCAGACCUGCUCCCUUUUUGGCUAAUGCUGGUUUAGGUGGUAGCGGUGGGCUUGGCGGUAGGGGCUUCGGCCGCGACGAUGCUUUCGGAGGUGGCGGUAGUUUAGGCAGAAUGCCUGCUGGCGGCGGCGGCAGAUUAGGUAGAGACGCUCCGAAGGGCGGAUAUGAGCGCAACGGUAGUUUCGGAGGAAGUCAAUUUAAUAGUAGACCGUCUCCAUCCAGCAUCAGUGCAGGACCACUUGGAGUUGGAUCCAAAACCACUACUCAAGUCACCAUUCCUAAAGACAUGGCUGGGGCCAUAAUAGGCAAAGGAGGCACCCGUAUCCGUAAGAUUCGCCUCGACUCAGGCGCCAACAUAACAAUCGACGAACCUCUACCAGGCUCCAACGAUCGCAUCAUCACCAUCAGUGGAUCACCUAACCAAAUACAGAUGGCGCAAUAUCUGCUCCAACAAAGUGUCCACAACGCUGAGCGUUAAUCCUGCGACCCUGGAUUCUUCAGUUUAUCCCACUGCUUCUUCGUUACAUUUAACAUAAUGAGCUUUUGGGUGUUAUAUAUUUUUAAAAUGUACGCCUAAUUCGUAUCUUAUGCAUCUGAGAGACAUUCCACUAAUUUUCACGAGCAUUCGAUAUGCAUGUAUGGCGUUUCAUAUUGACGUAAACCAAUAUUUUAUUUUUUACAGUCAUUGCCAAGUACACUUUUUUCGUAUUUCACUACAUUUUUAGAUAUAACAUUUGUAGUGCAGGAUUUUCAAAUAUUGAUUUACAAAAGUCCCCACCAAAACCUCAUCAGAAGUAGAUCUUGUCUUUUUUUUUUAGUGUUUUAGGUCUCAAUACGUAGAACAAAAAUAUCCAUUGGUCCAAUAUUUCACGAGAGCGGUACAGGAUCUGUAAUAGCUGUUUGAUAUUUUUCACGUUUUUAUCGUCACCCCUAGAUACCUAGUUGUCCAACAUUGCAUUUAUAUAUCACAUAUACAGGGUGGCCCAAACGUGUAUGCAGGUUUAUUGUCCACAAUCCCUGUGGUAUGGCAUCUCAAAAAUAUUCAGUAUUAUACAGGGCACUCCACUUCUGAGCUGUGUAUCAAAAUUACUUUUCCGCCUAAAAAAGCAUGAAAGUAAGGCAAUCCUUAUCUCAACCACUUUAAUAGAGAUAAAACUGUACUGAAUUUUCUGUAAUUAGAUCUAAUAGUUUCAGUUUUGACUUACCCUUAUACAUUUCUUGAAUUGUUCAAGACGAUUAAUUAGAGUAUAUACUCAAAAACACAUAAUUGAUGGCCAUUGUAUAAAGUUUCACGUUAUCAUAUUCUUUUUAAUAAGUUAUCUUUAAAUACCAUGGACAAGUGACGAAAUUAUGACAAUGCAUGUAUGUAAUCAGUUUUUGCACCCUCUCUAUUAAAGUGGUAGAGUUUUGAAUUUUCAUAGAAACUUUAAUGUUUGUAAGCAAAGUACCUACUUCAGCAACUACUCGACGAAACACAGAUCUGUCCUAAUGUGCAAUAAAAACAUGGGCAUUUAUUAAAAUACAACUUUGGCAUCCUUUCCAUUAGCGGAACAUCUUGUAUAAUAUCCUGAAUAUUUAUGAAAUGUAUUCCUACAGAGACGUACAAGGAUAAUCUUGAAUAAUCAUUAAACAGUUGUGCAGAAGAAAAUACUCCAUUCAAGAAUGUUUUAACCGCCCUAUACAUGUGGUAUAUCGUAAACAAAUACAAAAAAGCACCCAAUACAAUACAUACAAUACAGCCCAACUUGGAGACCCAAUAUUUCGGAAAUACUUGUUGUAUCUGAUUGAAAAGUGCAUCGUCAAGAAUUUUCCUCACUUUCCCCUUUAAUAAAAUAAGUUUAAUCUCCAAGUCGUCAUAGCCCCAGUAGGGGCUUGUGGAUUGUACAACGUGUAACCUAAAACCCCGUAUACAAUUCUGUAGCCAAAGGUGCACUGUCUUCAAGAAUUUGCAGUUUUUGAGGAAACAUGGUAUUAAACAUGAAUGAACUUUUUCUAGUUCGAGGGUUUUUAUGGAUAAUCAACAAUAAAACUUUAUUAACAUUUUGUACAUUGGCAGCGAAUCUUGAAGUAUGUUGAAUUUACGAUACAUAAGUGUUGCUAGAUAAAGUGUGUUUUUGGAAUGUUGUUCCUCAGACUUGCAUUAUGUAUAAGAGAAAAGUUAGUUCUUACCCCAGUAAGUGAAACACUUGUAUUAAUCGCGGGAUGUAAUUGUUGAGAGACUUAUUUGGUAAUGUUGCUCUUCUCCAAUUGCCUCAAAUUUUGGAUCAAGUUUUAAUUACUAACUUGAUUUAAUUUAUUGAUAUUUCAUUUCUUAAAAAAAAUUCUAUUACAUGUUUCCAUGUCGUAUGUAUUUUUGUUUGUGUAUGUACUGUUUUAAAAUCUUUGUUUAUUUGAUCUGUUUCAAACAUAACUUUAUUUGGCAUUUUUGUAAUUUGUUCAAAUUCACUUUUCGCACUUUGUGAAGAAGGCAUCAAAUAAACGUCAAAACGUCGGCUUUAUGAUCAAAAGUACAUCAUUGAACACAUUGAGCAUUAUGUCCCAAAAUCCGAAGAUUAAGGCAAGUAACGUAUUAUCUAUAAUGUGUUAGGUGAACUGUCUUACAUGCUGUUUAUAAAUAAUGGAAGUCGGAGGAAUAUUAUGUAAAUCAUCCAGAUUGUCUUUACUACAGUUUUAUUAUUCUUAGUUGGGAUAUCCCCAAUUAUUUUCAAUAGCGUUGUCGAAAAAUAAACUACAUAAAACUCCAAUGAUGGUACUCUUUACUUUGAAACCUUGAAGACCAUGUUUCCAUGAAACAGAACAAUCACUUACAGCUUUCAUUCAUAUGGUAAAAUCUUGGAUUCACAUAUUAAUUUAAAACUCUGCGUUGCUUAACCCUACAUUUUGACUUGUUCAUUACAGUGCAUUCCAAAAAAGUCCCCUCGCUAUUUUAACGUAAGACUGAAAGUUGCAAUCUUCAAGAUAGCGACUGGGCGUCAUCUUGGAACAUUUUUAAAAAACACCUCGUUUCAAAGCUCGUUUGAAUAAUAUCCCUAAACUAGAAAUUCACUGUCUUCCAAAAUAUCGAACUGGUAGACUGAGGAGAGUUUUUGGACAUUGAAUCACUUAUAGGUCAACUAAUCAUCAAAACCCAGUAUAUCAAGUUCACUCUUUUAGAAGGGUAUAUCUGAAUGUGUAAAUAAAUGUGGGACAUUCCGUUAAUAAAAUGAUAUUGUACAGUACAACUUUUGGGACGUAGAACAAAAAUCAGACACCAUUAUGAAAUAUUUUAAUAAUGUUCAUAAGUAGGGAUCUCAAAACUAGAUUUUUGGAUAAACAGUGCACCUUCCCCAUUAUGUCUGCGUAUAAUUGUAGAAAGAUCACAUGGAGUAAUACUAGUUUUAUUUUAAUAUAUAAUACUUGAGAACAUGUAUAAAAAUAUGUAUAAUAAAGAUCAUUGACCCUCAA